GGGAGCUGCGAGCCCUCUCCUGCCCCUCUACCUCCGCCCCCAGGGGAGUGUGGGAGAGGGGUCCAGCAUCCUGCCUUGACCCGCGCCCCCGCGGUCAGGCUCGGCCGCAGCCCCGCGCGCCCCGCCGACACCCCUGGCCUCUGGCUGGCCGGCUGGCUCGGCUCCCGCGCCCGCGCUCCCCGCGCGCCCCGCGCGCCCAGCUCUAAAGUAAACACGGCGGAGCGGCGGCUGCGGGGCCGGUGCCGGUGCCGCCUGGGCGCUGCGGGCUGGGUUGAGCCAUGGCCGAGAGCACGCCGGCCUCCCCGUGCAAGGGCCUGCACAGCGGCAUCAUCCAGUGGUUGGUCGAUAAUUUCUGCAUUUGUGAAGGAUACAGUGUGCCUCGCUGCCUCAUGUAUGACAUCUAUAUGGAAACCUGUGGGCAAAAUGCUGAGAACCCAGUCAACCCAGCCACAUUUGGAAAGCUUGUGCACUUGGUUUUUCCUGAUCUUGGCACCCGGAGGCUAGGCACAAGAGGAAGUGCCAGGUAUCAUUAUGACGGAAUCUGUAUCAAGAAAAGUUCUUUUUUCUAUGCACAGUAUUGCUGCCUUCUAGAAGAAAAAAGGUAUCACAGUGGAGAUGCUGUUGCCUUUGAAAAAUCUGCUAAUUAUAGCAACAUUAUCCAACAAGAAGGAACAUGUGAAAAUCAUUCACCAAUAAAGACAGAGCCAGGUGCAUCACCUUUGUCUGGAUUCAGGAGAUGUCCAUUCUGGGAGCAAGAAUUGGCAAAGAAAUACUCCUAUAAAAUGAUUGUAUUUCUUGCUGAUGAAUACUGCAACUACUGUCAAGACAUUUUACAAAACGUGAGGAACCAGGAACUGGAGAGGGUGGAGGAUUUGCUUACUUCCUUCUGGAAAUCCCUGCAGCAUGACACAGUCAUGCUUAUGUCACUGCCUGAUGUGUGCCAGCUCUUUCAGUCCUAUGAUGUACAGUUGUACAAGGGAAUUGAGGAUGUUCUCCUUCAUGACUUUUUGGAAGAUGUCCCUAUUCAGUACCUGAAAUCUGUUCGGUUAUUCAGUAAGAAAUUAAAGCUGUGGUUACUUAAUGCUUUGGAAGGUUUUCCAGCCCUCUUACAGAUCUCCAAACUCAAAGAAGUUACUGUGUUUGUCAAAAGACUCAGAAGAAAGACUUAUCUUUCCAACAUGGCAAAGACUAUGAAGAUGGUAUUGAGAAAUAACAGGAGAGUCAGCAUUCUAAAGUCAGAUCUGCAUGCCAUUAUCAACCAAGGCACUUUGGGUCCUUCUGAGAAAGCUCUACCAAGUAACACAGAUGGCGUCGAUGAGCCGGAGGACAACACCGAGAUGAAAUGUCUAUGCAAUUUAAUUUCCUUGCUGGGGACAUCGACUGAUCUCAGCAUAUUCCUGAAUUGUCUGUCUUCAAACCUCCAAGCAUUUGUCUUCCAGCCCAGCAGAAGCAAAGAGGAGUUUAUCAAAUUGGCUUCUACUUUCCAACUAAGAUGGAAUUUUCUUCUCACCGCAGUGAGCAAAGCCAUGACUCUCUGCCACAGAGAGAGUUUCGGCUCCUGGCAUCUGUUUCAUUUGCUGCUUUUGGAAUAUGUGAUUCAUAUACUUCAGUCAUGCCUAGAAGAAGAGGAGGAGGAAGACAUGGGAAAUCUCAAGAAAAUGCUUCCAGAUGAACAACCUCUUGUCCAGCCAGACCAGGCACUUUUUCACCCUCCAGAUUCUUCUCCAACUCAGGAGCAUGAAAGACUAGGUGUAGACCCACCCCAGGUGACCCUGAAGCACGUGGACCAGAGCCUAUGUCCUGUGGGUAUGAGCAGUGUGGUCCUCAGGGUCCUGGGCUUCCUGGUAGACACCGCCACAGGCAAUAAGCUCAUCCAGGUAUUACUGGAAGACAAAGCCACCAAAAACGCCAUUAAACUCAACCUCCCUGUGGGACAAGAAGCCCUCGUCACCCUAAAAGAUGGACAGAAAUUUAUGAUUCACAUAUCAGACGUACCCCAAAGCUCUGAAAAUAUUUAUUUCAGGGGAAGCAAUGCUAAUAUGUGAGACUAUUUAUUUGAAUAGUGUAUGUGAAAACAGAGACUUAUAAAAUAUAUCUUAAAAAUAUAUUAAAUAGUAAAGCAUUUAUAUUGAUAAGAUUUAUGUAUAUAAUAGAUGUAGUAUGGCCUAUUUUAUGUUUAUAUGUAUUUCAAGGAUUUAAUUUUUGAUGUAACAUAUAAACUGAUUUGGAGAAUA